CUUUCGUGAACGUUUCCUGUUGAGAAGUGGGAGACUUUGAAAAGAGUCCAGGAUUAACUUUCUGGCCAAUAAUAAUGUGAACAUGGCAAAUAAAAAACUAAGAAGAGCAGGUUUACCUCAAGAGCUUUGUGAGAGACUAAGUCGACAUCAGAUUGUUACUUGCCAGGAUUUCUUAUCUCUUUCCUUCCUGGAAUUAAUGAAACUGACUGGACAGAGCUACUGGAAUGUGCAGAAACUUCUUCGGACUGUCAGUCAAUCCUGUGCUCCUAGAAUGCAAACUGCUUAUGAAAUGAAAAUGAAAAGAACCAUCAAUCCUUCAACAGCAUUCUUGCCAACAACUCUAGAAGAUCUGGAUAAAAUAUUGCAUGGUGGAAUUGCUUGUGGCAGUCUUACAGAGAUAACGGGCCCAUCAGGUUGUGGCAAAACUCAGUUCUGUAUUAUGAUGACCUUGCUGGCCACCCUGCCCACCAACAUGGGAGGAUUGGAUGGGGCAGUUAUUUACAUUGAUACAGAAUCUGCCUUUACUGCUGAAAGGCUUAUUGAGAUAGCACAGCAUCGGUUCCCACAUUAUUUUGCUACAGAAGAAAAGCUGAUUGCCAUGCCGAGCAAUGUUCAUGUCUAUCGGGAGCUAACCUGUGAAGGUGUACUGAAAAGAAUCCAAUCUUUGGAAGAAGAAAUAAUUUCUGAGAAUGUUAAACUAAUAAUAGUUGACUCCGUUGCUUCUGUAGUCCGAAAAGAAUUUGACACAAAGCGUCAAGGUAACCUGAAGGAACGAAGCAAUUUAUUGACUAAAGAGGCCUCAAUAUUAAAAUACUUGGCUGAAGAAUUUUCAAUACCAUCAGACUCACAAAGCCAGAAGUUUCUUCAAACUCCAGAACCUUUAGACUGACUUUGUUCUUUCUGAAUGCAUAAAACGACCAGUCUAGUUUUUCGAAACUAAUCUCAAGGAGAAUAAAUGAACUGCUACCCACCCUGUUACACUUCUUAUACCUCAUGCUACCUUGAUUAGGCUUCAAAGGAACUUGAAGAGACCCAUUGACUUCUACAGAAGUGAACAAAAGAAGAUGCAAGCAAAGAAGGCACUGAUGUAAAGGGAGCUAGGGUAGGAGCAUAGAAACUGGCAUUUUGACUGCUAUAUUUUAAAUAAA